AUGAUUGGUCUGUCUCAGGAGUUUUGCAACAUCUUCGCCACUCUACUACCUGGAAGCAAAGCACGCUUGUUUCCCCCGGAAAAUCAGUCUGUGUUGGACGGAUUGGAAAUCAAGGUGGCAUUCGGGGAUGUCUGGAAAGAGUCGUUAAGCGAGCUGAGCGGCGGCCAACGUUCCCUGGCUGCUUUGUCCUUAAUUUUGGCGCUGUUGUUGUUUAAACCCGCUCCAUUGUACAUUUUGGACGAGGUCGAUGCUGCGCUGGAUUUGUCACAUACACAAAAUAUCGGUCAACUGAUCAAACAUCACUUUCAGCAUUCACAGUUUCUCAUUGUAUCACUCAAAGAUGGAAUGUUCAACAAUGCUAAUGUACUGUUCAAAACCAAAUUCCAAGAUGGUGUAUCCACCGUGACGCGACAUGUUCCACUUCGAGUAGCAGGUGCAAAACAGACAUCUGAUGAGAACCGUGCUCCCGGAGAAGAUCGACAGCGGAAGAAGGUUCGCUAG